AAAAUGCCCCAGUCCACCGCGACCAAUCAGCACAACGCUGGUGUGAAUGUGUGCGGUUCGCACCAGCAGCCUGCCUUCGAUGCGACCGCCACCGCAACAGCAGCAAACAGUGGUCACGGAACUAGUGUAGCGCCACGAUCUAGACCGAAACCAACGCAGCAGCACACCUCGACCACACCAUCGAUUGGCCUCACGCUGGCAGCAAUCCCGUUGAAUCCUUCGCCGAAAAACGUCAUCUCACCCAUUCCGGCAGCUAUCGUAGAAUGUGAUAAGUUUGUGGCCAACUUUGACGACAAGUUUCUCGGUGCAUCCGUACCGAGACACAGUCCUGUUGCGGAAGGAGAUUCAAGCAGUUUUAAAUUUGCGCUUACUUCGGCAGCUGUAUCACCCGCCGCUUUGCUGUCCCCGUUCGAGCAAGAUCCAAUGUCGACCUCAACCACCACCACGGUUUCCAUUCGCCCGCGGCCAACAGUGCUAUCACACACGCAGCAACACAUGCUAAGCAACUCGAACAGUGAAAAAUCGCUAGUCUCUCCCCUGUCCGGAUCGUCCACGUGGAAUCCAUUCGGAGAUCCAUCACCAUUCAGUCCCAUCUCAACACUAACCGAGGAUCAGCUGUUUGGGGCCGAAUUCGACAAACUACGGCUCGAGGGCAGCCAAACUUCGAUCGUAACCUCUCCGGAGGAGAUGAAAUCUGACCGUUGCGUUUCAUACUGGGGCUCCCAGCGUGGAUCACUUUCACAGGCACUGUCUACCGGUAUGAUAGCCACAAACGGAGGACUGUCUGGGAAGGAUCUACUAACCCUCGAGGAGGAUCCUUUCGGUUCCGCACCAUUUACGCUGCCAAAACGAUUCAAACAAAAAAGUAGCUCUUCCAAGCUUGCUUCUAAAAUCAGUGACCGAUGGCGAUAUGCGGUGGGCAGUGGUAUACAAGGAGGAACGGGCAAAGAAAGUCUGAUAGAAAAUACGCCAACUGAACCGUGCGGGAAUGGCAUAGACGCGGCCAUUGGCAGCAAGGAGACAGCGGGUAUAGACAAAACAGUCGGACUCGGACCAAAGAACUUGAAGCUGGACGAUCUCAUGAGCAGUGGGGAGAAGGGCUCACCCAGCUUUAUUAAACUUCCGUUGGAUGAUCGCAACAAGUACGAAAAGCUCAACUCCAACGACAUCACGUCGGACGACAGUGAUUCGGAAUUUUAUUCCGAAUCGAUCGGUUCGUCGGUUGUUGGUGGCGCAGUGUCUGCUGGGAUGCACGCUAAUAGUGGUGCAGGUGGUGGCGGAAGCAUUAAGAAGCACAGCUUCAAACAGUUCGUAGAGAGUAACAUUCCAGAAAAAUUACAAGCCGUCUACCAUAAGGUGGACAAGAGUCAGAUGAAAAAUGUGCAGCUGGUAAAGAAGUUGCGCAGCAAGGUCACACAAGCGGGCAAAGAUUCUUCCGCGACCACCACCACCAGCACGUCGAAGAGCGCUAAGGAUCGUCGUGCAGGGAAAAAGAAUGGAAAUCGAGAAGAACCCAACGCACCAACGAACGGAAAUGCAGCGUCAGAUGAUGAUUCGAUCGGUUCGGCAUCGGAUCUACGUGCGAACGAUGAUUUCCCGGAGGGAGAUGAGCACAAUGCGAAGCUACCGUCCCAGGAACCAACCCGUAGAAAACCGUUCGGACGAGGAGGUGUGUUUGGCGGUGAGGGAAGUGUGGACGAUUGUAUUAGCGAGAGUAUUAAAACGUGCGGUUCAAGUGCCUACCAUGCGGAGUGUGAAAGUGUCACCACCAACGAGGACAACACGAGCCGAAUAGUGACGCGGGUUCGCGUUAAAAAGCGAGAACAUUUGGAUUCCAAGCACAGCGUUAUAGAUGAAGAUGAUUCCGCUGAAGAGGAUAUGAUUCAGGGCGAAAAGCCGCUGCUGUUGGAUGAUGAACUGGACUAUGAAUCGGCGGCAGAGAAUAAUGAAUCGAGUGGGGAAGAGAUCCUGAUGGAUCCGUUCACGCCCGAGGACGAGCUGGGUGUUGUUGUAAAAAAGCCGGCAAGCACCAACGUCGAGGAGGAUGAGGCGGAUGAAGCGGAGUUGGAUCCGUUCGCGAUGGCUCCGUUUCGUAAGCCGUUCGUGCCAAAGCGAAAUAGUGGCGUAAAGUUUCUGCCCGAAGUUCAUCCCAUCCCGGAACACGGUCCUGUCGGUGGAGGAGUUGAGUUGCUAGCGAACGAUUUUAUCACAUCUACACCGAUAAGACCGACUGGAGCAAGUCGCGAACCGGUUGUUGCAUCAGCUGCCUGUAAUGACUUUUUCGAUCUGACCGAUGAUCCGAUACAGACGCAGCGCGAAAAAGAUUCGCCAAGCGCUCGACGUGAUCUGUUCGGAUUGGAACCAUUUCCUAUCGUGCCGAUGAUUCCGGUUGUAUCAGCCCUUUCACCCGGAACGGUCACGUCAUCACUGCCAACCCAAAUGGUGGUUUCUCCCUCGACAGGACCUCCUAUCUCACAUACACCUCAGGAAUCAGCAAUCUCCCGUAUCACACUCGAAUCGGGCGGUGUAACGCUGACCCACAUCGUUUUGCCUCACACUAACACCUCCGUUUCGUCUAUUCCCAUACUCCCAGCGCCACCACUACCUUUAGUGCCGUCGAACGUAUCGUCCUUAUCCACGACCCAACAAAACCUGACUGCACGCCGCAACUACGUCAACUUUAGCCAGAUCCCUUCGCACAGCGUCACCUCAAUAUCGCCCGACAACAACUACGUAAAUUUCUGCCCCGACGGCGAAGACGACGAUGACGUGCGCAAUCUCAAGUCCGACGAUUACGACGACAACAGCAGCGAUACGGUUGUGAAAGUGUCCUCCAAAGGAUUUCUGACCAAAAAGCAAAAGGUACGGUACAAUCAUCUGCAGGAGAAAAGCAGCGGCAGCGUCAUGGGCGGUCAAGGGCGCAACGAGGAAGUAUCAAGUACCGCCAGCCUUGGUCAGAAAAUGAAAGCCAAUGUGAGCGGGUACCGCAAAGCGGUACUGGAAAGUAGCGUUGGAAGCAUCGGAAAAAGCCGAAAAGAUGACCAAACACACAAACAGCCGAAAGGCAGCUCCAAAUCAAGCGCCAAAGCGAUGGGCUUCAGCAACAUGAGCUUCGAGGACUUCCCGUCGGACGAGCUGGCGGAUGAAGCGGUUGCCGAUGGUACGCGCCUGACGAGCGGAGUUGGUGGGGGUGGUGGUCUCGGAGGAGGUGGUGGUGGUGGUGGGAAGCUACUCAAAAUGGCCCCGUUUGAGGUGAUCCGCAACGAAAAGAUGCUACUGGAGGCAGAGAAAAAGUUUGGUUCCCUAAAGCGUCGCAGCAACCCAUUCUCCUGAUUGUACGCCGAAGGAUAUAAGAAGCGAAAGUGAAGAGCAAACAUGUUGCUAGGCAACC